AAUACAUUAGGUGUAAGGUGUAAGGUCUAUCCUGUACCUCGUCUGUGCUACUCACCACAGACGAAGUCAGACAAUAUGUAAACAAUUUUCUGCAUCGUCUGUGGCUUCCCGCUCGAAUCUAUGCAACUUAAUUGAUAAAACGUCCUUCUCCAUGACAGCAGAUGGAGCAGCUGAUCUCCAAAAUGAACAGACUUUUUGGCCGCCCAAAACCCAAAGGACCCGCACCAAAUCUCACGGACUGCAUCGCCGGGGUUGACAGCAGAGUAGAUUCUACUGAGAAAAAGGUAGCAAAACUGGACGCGGAAUUAAAGAAAUACAAAGAUCAAAUGGUAAAAAUGAGAGAAGGCCCCGCAAAGAAUACGAUUAAAGCUAAGGCAUUGCGCGUUUUGAAGCAGCGUAAAAUGUACGAGGCACAAGUGGAUAACUUGCGUCAACAGGCCUUUAACAUGGAACAAGCGAAUUAUGCUACUCAAACCUUGAAAGAUACCCAAGCGACUGUAGUCGCCAUGAAGGAAGGUGUUAAACAAAUGCAGAAAGAAUUUAAACAUAUCAACAUAGACCAGAUAGAGGAUCUUCAAGAUGAUUUGGCCGAUAUGUUAGAACAAGCCGACGAAGUACAAGAAGCGAUGGGUCGCAGUUACGGUAUGCCCGAUAUUGAUGAGGAUGAACUAGCCGCUGAGUUAGAAGCUCUCGGUGACAAUUUAGCUAUUGACGAGGAUACCAGCUACUUGGACGACGCUAUUAAAGCGCCUAGCGCUCCUGAUAAGGAACCUGGCACAACCUCUAUCACGAAUAAGGACGGUGUCCUGGUUGAUGAGUUUGGCUUGCCACAAAUACCAGCUAGUUAGAUCGUUACGCAGAAUAUAAGUUUCAAUUGUUACAAGUUAAUACAACGUUUAUCGAUAUGUACAAAGAUGGCCACUAGUCCUUAGAGGACUUUUGAAAGCUUUUUGUAUAUCAAGUUUAGACAGUGAUUCGAAAUCGUUCAAAAUUUACAAAUCUCUCGAUAUAAACU